AUGCGUGUCCCCCCUGUCGGGGAGCUUUACAACACCGCGGACCUAAAGGACCUCGUCCAGUGGGUAAACCACCAUCUAGAACCGGGGACUCCAAUACUAUCGGACAUGCCUACGUCGAGUGCGUUGCGAGUGGCUUCGCAUGCACGCAUUGUUCUUAAUCCGCAAUAUGAGUACACGCCGCUGCGCCGCAAAACUCAUUUCUUCUAUACUUUGGGCGACUGCAAUGACGCCCGAUGGUUCGGCGAGACGCUACGAGGGCGCUAUAAAACGGAUGUGGUUAUCGUGCCGAUGAAGUUUUGUACCAUUCCUCGUGAAAAGGGUCAUUAUGGGGUGCAGCGGUUGUUGUCCCUCAACCCAUUAGGCACAUGCCCAUCUGGCGUCCCGUAUUAUCGCCGUUUGUGCAACCGCCUAUGGGCGGGCAACAGCCUUUUCGAGCUGCUUUUUUCAAACAGCCGUUAUCUGGUCUUUCGCUAUAAGGGGCUGUCAGCAGCUGCUGAGGAGCGCCCCUGGGAAGUGAUGCAUCAGCUGGAUCACUAUAAGCCGUGGAUUGAGAAGCACGCCGUUUUGGACGAGGUACUAGGCCCUCGACAAAUCGUUUCCACCGCUCGCGCUUUGAGCACCCACUUCAACUCCCCAGUGGUACUGCCGCUACUUCGGCACGGUCUUGAGAUGUUCCCUGGUAACGAAGACAUGUUGAGAAUGUACGCUGAAACUGCGGAUUACGACCUGGCCAUGUUCGAUGAAGCCAAAAAGUACUACGAAGUUGUGUUCGAGUCGAUGGGUUCCCGAUGCAGUGGUCCGGAAGACCUGACGUUUUACGCAAUGUACUUAAGUCACAUGGUGGAGACCGGUACGGGUAAUGAUUCGGAAAUAAUGAGCGUCAUCGAGGCCAGUAUAAAGUGCCUCGGUUUGACAUUUCCUCGGCUCUAUGCUCAGCAGCUAUGUGAACACGCGGUGGUAGUGCUAAAAGCGUUCAAAAAUAAGCCCGGCGCGCCGCGGCCAAGCGUGCAGAGAACGGCCGUUAGUUUCUUCAAUCUGUCUAAGGUGAGCUUUUGA